AAUUAGUUUAAUUCUCGCGCCGUUAAAUCGUUUGCAUAUAAUUUCCGAAUCAAGAUAAUACAAAGCUAAAAACAAUAAAAAUCAUUUGCAAAUUCCAUUCUCUGUCCGAUCGUUGAAGGUGGAAGCACAGAGGACUUUUGUUUGGUCCUCUGCGUCUUCUUAAACCGCCGUCUUCUGCCGUCCUCUAGCUCAGAAAGCACCAUGGCUCGUCGGACCCUAUCUCAGCUGAGUUGCAAAGUUUUAAUUUUCGGUUUAAUCGUAAUCAGUCUCGGCGACCCGUUCCUAUCGGCCUCAGAGGCUUUCCAAAGUUCCGAUUCUCGCCGCCGACCAAUGAUUCUUCCUCUCUAUCUCUCACCGCCUGCAUCUUCUUCCCACCACCACCACCGACGGCCUUUCGAUGGGCGUCGCCUCCAGAAAUCAGAUCCUCCUCACUUGCCAAACGCUCGCAUGAGGCUCCACGACGACCUCCUUGCCAACGGGUACUACACGACUCGGCUGUAUAUUGGGACGCCACCACAGGAAUUCGCUCUGAUUGUUGAUACGGGAAGUACCGUGACUUACGUGCCUUGCUCUGACUGCAAACAGUGCGGAAAACAUCAGGAUCCAAGGUUCCAACCGAAUUCAUCUAGCACGUAUCAACCUAUAAAGUGCAGUAUCAAUUGUAACUGUGACAAUGAAGGGGUUCAAUGCACUUAUGAGCGCCGCUAUGCUGAGAUGAGCUCCAGUAGUGGCGUCCUUGGUGAGGACAUCGUUUCUUUUGGCAAUGAAAGUGAACUUGUACCCCAGCGUGCAGUUUUCGGUUGUGAAACUUUGGAAACUGGUGAUCUAUAUAGCCAACGUGCCGAUGGAAUAAUGGGUUUGGGGCGUGGUAGGCUUAGUGUGAUGGAUCAGCUUGUUGACAAGAGGGUUAUUGAUGAUUCAUUUUCAUUAUGUUAUGGUGGGAUGGGCGUCGGUGGGGGUGCUAUGGUUCUUGGUGCUAUCCCUUCUCCCCCUGGUAUGGUAUUUACCCAUUCAGACCCAUUUCGCAGUCCGUAUUACAACAUUGAGCUGAAGGAAAUACAUGUGGCGGGGAAGCCAUUAAAAUUAAGCCCAAAAGUUUUUGAUCAAAGACAUGGAACUGUCUUGGAUAGUGGAACUACAUAUGCUUAUCUUCCUGAGGAAGCUUUUCUCGCAUUUAAGGAUGCUUUAAUAAAGAAAAUUCAUUUCCUCAAACGAGUUCAUGGUCCUGACCCAAAUUAUAACGAUAUUUGUUUUUCUGGUGCUGGAAGGGAUGUCACUCAACUAUCAAAAAUAUUUCCAGAAGUUGAUAUGGUUUUCAACAAUGGGCAAAAAUGGUCGUUGUCUCCUGAAAACUACUUGUUUCGGCAUACAAAGGUUAGUGGUGCAUAUUGCUUGGGAAUUUUUAAAAAUGCGGAUUCAACUACGCUUUUGGGAGGAAUUCUUGUCCGUAAUACCCUUGUAACUUAUGAUCGAGAGAAUGAUAAGAUUGGCUUUUGGAAAACUAAUUGUUCUGAACUUGGAAAGAGAUUGAAUUAUGUUAGUGCUCCUUCCCCAUCUCGGUUACCUUCUGAUAGCCAGAAUAGAAGUACAGAAAUUCUGCCUCCUGUAGUUCCAGUUGACUUGUCUCAGAAUGUUUUUCCAGGUCGAAUUCAAAUAGGAUUAAUAACUUUUGAUAUGAUCCUUGGCUUCAACAACUCUAUGAAACCCAAUUUUACAGAGCUCACAGAAUUUAUUGCCCAUGAGCUGGAAGUUAAAGUUUCACAGGUUCACUUGAUGAACUUCACCAACGAAGGAAACAAUUCCCUCAUUAGAUGGGCCAUAUUCCCUGCUGAAUCUGCCGAUUAUUUUUCCAAUACAACAGCAAUGAGCAUAAUUCUGCGCUUAAGGGAACAUCGGAUGCAACUUCCUGAGAAAUUUGGAGGUUAUCAGCUGGUUGAAUUGAAAGUCGAACCUCAAAUGAAGCGGUUAUGGUGGGAGCAACACAUUUGGGCUGUGAGUGCUGGAGCUAUGGUUGCUUUGAUUUUUGUAGUAUUGACGUUGGGGAUGUGGUUAUUGUGGAACAAUAGACGGCAAGAGAUCGGUGCCUACGAGCCUGUUGGUGCGGUUGUUCCCGAGCAAGAGCUUCAGCCACUCUAAAAGCUGAUUUGUAUAGUGGGAUUUUUUAUUGGGUCGAUACUCGAUAUAUGAAGAGAAAGUUCUUUUCGUGUAAACUUCCAUAGUAGAUGUAUUGUAAUUUUUAUAGGUAUCUGUCUCUAAUUUGCGCAAUCGAGUUAUGUACCUUAUUUGGGUUAAGAUAUAUGGCUUAUAGAGCAUUGCAUUUGAAAGGGAAAUCAAA